CACAUGACAGAUUAUUUUGACAGAUUAAGAUUGCCUUUUAUAGUUCGUUUUCUUACAAACCGACAGAGGCAAACGAUUUAUUAAAACGUUGAGACAGUGUGAUGUGCUGCUGCUGCGGUUUUGACCCGUAUGACGUUCCUAUUCCCGCGACAAGAAUCCACAUCAGUCGAGCACAGAAGUGUGUGAUCUCCAGUCAUAUCAGCGGUUACUGUGGAAGAAAGGAGAGGUGGAGAACACUGGCCACUAUCAACGGACAUUGGGACUCGCCGUGAACAAGCGCUUUUUUUGGGGUGCACUGUAACCCUCUUGAGCAAUGGCAUCAAUAGAUCGAUCAAAGGGAACGUGUUGAGGCUCUGAGCAAUGGAGUCUCUAUUCGGCGGUGAGCUUAGGCUGCUGGGAGGUGGCGAGGGCUUAAAAGAGGACGGCUGUGGCGACGUGGGCUGGUCCUCCUCACCCCUCCCUGAAGACAUGUACUCCGCCUCCCACUUCACACUCAUCACCGCCUACCAGGACAUCAAGACACGGCUGGCGGGCCUGGAGAGAGAGAACAGCGGCAUUAAGAGGAAGCUCAAGAUCUACGAGAUCAAGUUCCCAAUGAUCAGUGAGUUUGGGGAGGACAGGAACUCCUACUGCAGCUUUGAGUCCAAGGAGAAUGCCCUGCUGCAGUCAGAGAACGGCAACCUGCAACAGAGAGUCAACGCCCUCACUCACGAGGCCCAGAAGAGGAAGGAGCGUGAGGAGCAGCUGGAGGAUGUUAUUCAGGCCUAUGAGAAAAUCCACAUGGAGAAGAGCAACCUCCAGAGAGACCUGGACAAGAUGACCAGCCUAGUGGAGAAACACGUAGAGCGAAUCCUAGGUCUGGAGUCUGCUCUGAGACAGAGGGACAACUCGCUACAGAAGUUCAACACCCAGCUACACAGCAAGGACAUCCAAUACCUGCAGCUGCACAGCCCAGACAAUCACAUGCUGGACUGUCCUGCGCUGACCCUACAGAACUCUCGUAGUCUAGACACUCUGUCCGACCUGAAGCUGCAGCGUCUGGAGGCGGAGCUAGAGGGGGCGCGGCACCAGGCCCAAGGGGCGUGUCAGAGGGAACAGGAAGUGAAGGCCGAGUGUGAGAGACUGCAGGAAGAGCUGAAACAGAUCCAGAACAACCACAUAGAGAGGGAAAUGACUUCGUCGUGUGAGCAGUGUGAUGUGGAGUGGAUCAAGAAGGUGGGAGAUGAGCAGGUGAAUUUGGCACUAGCCUACACAGAGCUAACUGAGGAGUUGGGACGUCUACAGAAACUGAGCUCCAAACAGAAAGAGAUCCUGAAGAAGACCUCCCAGGAGCAUCAUAGCCCAGUCCAACGCCAAUCCCACCCCCCAUCUCCCAUUCAUCACCAACGCCACUCCCCUGUGCCCCAGCGCCACUCCCCCAUCCCGCCCCAGCACCACUCUCCCAUCCCCCAGCGUCGCUCUCCAGUUCUCCAGCCACAGCGCCUCUCCCCGGACAUGCACCGACGCUCGCCCCUGCUGGAAAUCAAUGAUGGGCCCGCCUCCUACUCCUGCCGGCCAGCCAGCCACCACCUGAGGGCUAGCUUCCAGGGCCGUCGCAGCUACUCCGAGGUCGCUGACCCAUCGGCCUACCAGCGGCCGCUGCGCCUCAGCCUGGACCCCGUGUCCACCCUGCCCAAGCCCAGGCCCUACAGGGACUCCAGCUACUCCAAGCAGCAUCAGCAGCACCAGCAUGGAGGCUCCCAGCAUGGGGGGUCCCCCCACAGAGGAGGCCAGCUCCGAGGUUCCCAGUCUGGGCUGCAGAGGGCCGGCAGCGAGGUGGGCCUCCACGAAAGCUCCCGCCACUCUCGAGAGCUGCCCUUCCCCCUGUCCGAGGUCUCUCCCAGGUCUCACCUGCACUUUGAGCCCCCGCCACCCCCCACUCCCCCCCCCCAGCUGCCGCAGUCCUCUGAAGACGAGGAGGAGUGGACCUGCCCGCACCCCAUCAGCCCCCCACGGACGCUGGGCGUGCCCAACAAUGUGUCGCCUCAUGGGGUCAUGAGGGGACCGGCGUCCUGCUCGCCCUUCCCCAUCCCCUCCAGACCCAACACCCUGACCUGCCACCCGUCAAGUUACCUGCACACAGAGCACGCCCAGUCCUGGCCCUCCAUCAAUCUGUGGAUGGAGACAGAAGAGAGUGACAUGAGGAGCUGCCCUCUGUGCCAGCUCAUCUUCCCCAUUGGUUACCCUGAUGACGCCCUCAUCAAGCACAUCGACUCGCACCUUGAGAACAGCAAGAUCUGAUCGCCAUUGCAGCACUGCACCCUCUUUUUAGUUGCUACUGUUUUUUACUUAUUGUGGAGUUAUUUUAGGUUUUAUUGCGUUUUUAAGCUGGCUAGCUUUUGUUUGACAAUACAUGAGGGCUUUUUGUGGGUUUAUUAGCAUGUUUGGAAAAAUAGGUGGUUUAAGAAAUGACAUGGAUGGCGUUGAGGUUCAUGACAGACAAUUUCCUUGACAGAUGCAAGAUCAGGGACAUUCCAGGCAACUUGCAGUCCAUUUCUUUUUAUACCUCACUCUUUACCAGUACUACUUGCUGUAAAGUGUCCUGCUUUACUUUCCUCUCUACCUAUGUACAGCAAUACAGACCAACACAAUGAAUUCCUGGAAUUAUUUGGGUGACUCUAAUGGAUAGAUCCAGUCUGUUUUUUAUUCGGGGCUUUACGAUGUGCAGUCCGAGGUCAGAGUUAUGUUAUGGAGAGAGUAUGGCUGUGUUAAUUGUGUGUAGAAAUGAAUUUGUCCUGCAGGGCGGGCAUGUAGUUGGCGUGACGACCUCGCUGUAGUGGAGUGGAAGGAACCCAUAGGCAGUUUAUCUUUAGGCUUGUGGCCUGAUCAAAACUCUAUAUGAAUCUUAGCACCUUAAAUUAACCUAAAUGAGCCUAUAUUAAAGCAUAAUUUCCCCCCCCCCCCCCCCCCCACCUAAAUUUUCCAGUUAAUGUAUAGUUUGAUAUAUCUGUUCAGUAACAAGUCAAAAGAAUCUUAAGGUAUAUUUUAUAUUUUCUUCUCCAAAUGAUAAUAUGUCACACAUGUAUCACGUUGGUGACAUUUCACCCUCACAGGCUUACACACAGCUGUAUAUAGAAAGUAGGAAAGGAGGACUCCUUAUAGGGAAAAGAGUGCAUGGAAAAUAUUUGUAUAUGAUAACAGUGAUUCAACUGGGAGUCUCUUUAGUCUUCCUGAAGAAACGACCUGAAAACACUUAUAGUGGAACACUAUUUAUCACUUUUGUCCAAAAGAAAACAUUUCUCAAUCCUUACAGUCCAACACUGGCACACUUAGUAUUUUGUAUCGUAUACAUAGAUAUCUUAAAUAUAACCUCCAAAAUUCAGAGGGAGUGUUUGGGGUAAUAUUAUGGAAUCACUUUUUUUUUUAUUGAGUCAAAUAUGUUGUACAUAAUUGUUAUCUGACGUUUUGGUGAGACACAGUGGCUGCGUUUACACAUGUCAAAACACACCAACCAUAGUGUAACAGAUCCGAAUUGGGCUGCCUGUGUAAAUACAGCCAAUGUCAAUGUGUCAAUGUGUAUCCAUCAAUGCAUUUAGGUGGUUGUCAAUUUUGGACAAAAUUAUAUUCAGAAUUCACCAACAUGUCAAGUUGAAUAAUGAAAUAACACAAGGGCCAUACAUUGAUUUGAGCAAAUCAGUGGCCUUUUAGAACCCACAAAUAUUCUAUACUGUUAUGUAUAUUCAUAUAUCACUCUGUGUAAAACUUUUAAAGCUGUGUACAGACAGGUAUUGUAAGCCUAAUGCAAGUUCUUCUGUGGUCCAUAACUUUAAUCAGGACAUCUGCUAUUAAUAAUCUCUAUUAUCCUGGCUACCAAUUUAAAAUAUACACAGAAAAAUCACAUUCUGCUAUUAAUCUAUUUUAUGACCUACUGGUUUGAAGUACCAUUCUUGCUAGCUUAUCUUCAAUCAAUUUACCAACCUACAUGACUAAUACAGAAUGCUGUUGAUAAGCAUUUGAUAUAUUCUUGGCCCAAUUUGUUAUGUACCAAAGAAGACAUGUAGCACACCAUAGUUUGGUUACUAGAAAGAGCUAUAUAUAUAUAGUAACCAAACGAUGGUGUAUAUAUAUAGUUAACUAAAUAUUCUAUAGUAGGCCUACAAACGGGUGGAAAAUGAACAAACUCACCUAUGUAAAAUCCUAUGGUCAAAUGUAAAAAAAAAAUACGCAGACACACCUUUACAUCUCAAAAUGAUUUCACUUUGUGAACUCUGUUCCCACGCAUUCCUGACCCUCGGUAGUACAUCUAUAUUCUCUUUUGAAGCUAACAAUGAUGUAUAUGAUGGUGGAGUUAGAAUAAUGGUAUCAAUUGCUAGCCAGCCCACACGAAGACAACAUUGUCUGUCAUUGGCUGUGUACAGAAUGUCAUGUUGGAUUGUACCUUUUGAUUACUUUGAAUGAAGUACCCUUUCAUAACCAAAGAAACCUAGAUUAGAUUUAUGUACAAGAUAUACACUUAUCUCUCUUGAUGAUGACCAAGUAUCAAUUAAGCAUAUCAUGUUCACACAGAUAUGAAUGGAGAGAUAAUACACAGAUAUGAAUGGAGAGAUAAUACACGGAUAUGAAUGGAGAGAUAAUACACGGAUAUGAAUGGAGAGAUAAUACACGGAUAUGAAUGGAGAGAUGACUAAAAUGUCAAUGUAAAUAGGAAUGGAGAGAUGAUACCGUUUUAAGGAAAACGUUCACGACCAAAAUAUGUUGACCAGCAGCUGUAGUACAUAGCAAACACGCCUAUCAGUUCACAAUGUUAAGCAGUCAGAUGUGUAUACAAUACACACACACACACACACACACACACACAUACACACGCACAGUCUGACACUCAAACCGCUAUCCACAAAGAGGUAAGUUGUGUAAAGAUUUCCUCUCCUGCUUUUUUUUUGCUGCAAAUCCUCCGUCAAGUUUCAAAUCAGAUCAAACACUGACAUUGACAAAGUCUAUAAACCCUCUUUCUAGCUCUGUGACUUAUCUGAUGAUAACAGUAAACCCUCGCGUUGAAAAGCCCUCUCUGCGGCACCCUCCACGACUGACUGAUAAGAGCUCGACAGAUGUUUCUCACAAGCUGAAGGGCCACUACUGAGGAAGAAGAAUCACCAUGGAGGUAUUUUGUGCACCACUGGAUUUCAAGGACUUUCAACAACUUGUAUUUAAAAAUUUAAAAAUAGUUGCGUAAGGAGUUGUGACUUUUUCUUUCUGUAUCUACAUUUCCUGAAAAAUAAACUGGAACUUGCACUGAAA